GCAGGGAAAGAGGUGCAUCAGCAACGCCACCGUUCCUCCUCCCUGCCUCUGCCUCUAUGAGGGAUUUAAAGUUCGACAAGCGGAAGAUAUUUGCUCUCAGACUUUGUAGAGACGCCAGUCGCUUUAUCACUGCGUAUCCUCUGCUGGCAGGAGUUAUCCGAACUAUUCUCUAAUAGACUUACCAAAAUAUUCAUUAGCUACAGUUACAGCUGCUAUCUAGGUACAUUUAUAGUCACACUUCCGCCUGAAAUCUAAUGCAAUGAUACACAUGUAUAUUUUCCUUUUAAAGAUGUCCAUCAUAUUUCAGACCCUGGGAGAAUUCACUGAAGGCUCUGCCUCCAGCUACAAUGACAAUAAUGAAGUGCAUGAGGAGGAGACUUACUAUACCCCCGAGUUAGAUUACAAACAUCCACAGUGGUGUCACAUACUUAAACUGUCUCAUGGGGAGGUAUCUUGCUCUUCCCCCCGAGGUGGACGCCACCAUAGCACACUUGGAACUCGCUGUUCGCUCUCCUGUGAUCGAGGAUAUAAACUAUUAGGACGCUCAUCUGUCCAAUGCAUGCCCAUCCGCCGCUGGUCUGGAACUGCUGUCUGCCGGAGGGUGCGUUGCCACGUUUUGCCUCUGGUUGACCAUGGUACGUACAGUUGUACCCGUGGCUUUGUGGUAGACUCCAGGUGCGACUACACCUGCUUUGAAGGCUACCAGAUUGAGGGAGAUCAGUAUCGUAUAUGCCAAGAAGAGGGAAAAUGGAGUGGCACAGAACCCACCUGUACAGAUCAUGACCCACCCAAACUGAAAUGUCCUUUGUCCAGAGUGAAGAUAGCAGAAACUGGAAAGCUAACUGCCACAGUGUCCUGGGAACGCCCUGUUGCUAAGGAUACUGCUGACAGAUCGCCGCAGGUCUUGAGAAAUGGACUAGAAUCUGGAUCAGACUUUCCAGAAGGAAUCCAUGUUAUUCGAUAUAAAGCCUACGACCAGGCACGCAACACAGCAACCUGCAAUUUUACAGUGCAUGUUGAAGUGAGACGAUGUCCAAAGUUAAAACCUCCUCUGCAUGGCUAUCUGACCUGCUCAUCUGAUGACAAUAAUUAUGGGGCUGUAUGUGAAAAUCACUGUGAACCUGGAUAUGAGAGGAUGGGGUUUGCAACUCGCGUCUGUCAGCUCAACCGUAGCUGGUCUGAUGAAGCAGCUGAGUGUGUUUCAAUGAACAUAAAAACAGAUGUCAGGUCUGCAGGUGCUCUGCUUGACCAGUUUUAUGAAAAAAGACGGCUACUGGUUGUGUCUACUCCAUAUAAUGCUAACCAACGCUACAAGCUUCAAAACGUUUUGCUGCAGAAGGCUGAGUGUGGUCUGGAUCUGCGACAUGUGACUGUGAUCGAGCUGUUAGGAACUCCUCCUCGAGCAGUGGGUCGCAUCAAAGAAAAACGACUAGAGUCUGAGGUCGUAGAGGGUCUUAGACAGGCACUUUAUAUCUCUACAGCAUAUUUCACUAUGGUGCUGGUAGACGAAUAUGGUGUGGAUCGGGAGCGCUUUGUUAACCCUACCACCUCAGAUGAACUGUAUACGUACAUAGAGGAGUAUCUCCUUACAGAAGAGCAACGGGAGAGACUGGAGAUGAACAGAGACUUCUGUGACUAACUUAUCUCAG